AUGAACUCGGGCACAUACGGGUUGACCACAGAUAUGGUGACCUGGUGCUGUUGCUGCGGAUUCAUCGCCGAGGCGCAGGAGCUGUCCAAGGUGCUGAGCAGCGUCUCCUCCAGGGAUGGGAUGCCCGAGCAGCUUCUCACUCUCUUUGUGGCCACCCUCUGCUGCACUUGUUCCAUUUCAUCACCAUCCCUUCUGGCCAGGGGCUCUUCAGGGGGCGGUGCUGAGGAGCAGGAGCUGGAGCGGGUGGCCGGCCAGAUGCUCCGACACUGUGCACUCCCUGCCAGGGCCAAAAUCCCAGCAUCUCCACCAGGACACUCCCACUCGUCCUCCUCGGCCUGCAGCCGCCUGAAAACUGCUUGGAAGACGCUUUCGGUGGAAAAGCAGCAUCCCAAGGCUUCUGAUCACAACCACCAGAAGCGGGCCGUGAUGGAGGCGGGCGGCAUUCCCCACAACCAGCGGCUCCGCGGUCUUUGUUUCCCCAGUGGGAGGGGUGAUGCAGGCGAGUUGGAGUGUUCCUCCCCAGCCGCCCCCCCCCGCCUGAGUCCGCGCGCCCUGCUCGCCCGGGUCCCCCCGCCCCCAGUGGCCCCUCCCAGGCCGGCGCCCAGCAGCAGCCACGGCGGCCCCGCCACUUGCAGCAGCCUCAGCCCAGAGGCGCCCUUUGUGAGCGCGGCUGCUCGGGCGGCGGGCUGCCUUUUGUGCGCGCCAGAGAGGAGCGCGGCGGGGCGGGCGAGCCCUCCCGAGCGCCUUCGCCGCCUGCCCCGCCCGCCGCCCGUCACGUGGCGGAGGAGACAAAACCGAGCCCGCCCGCCCGGCGCGCAGCCACAGUCCCGGCCAGCGCCUGGCGCCCGCCCGCUCCGCUCGCCCAGCCAGCCGGCCGGCCAGCCACCCUCCCCGCCGCCUCCCGCGCCGCUUGCCGCCGGGACCCUUCAGCACCCUGGAGAGCGCCGGGCGCCGGCCAUGGCCAGCGUGCAGCAGGGCGAGAAGCAGCUCUUCGAGAAGUUCUGGCGAGGCACCUUCAAAGCCGUGGCCACCCCGAGGCCCGGCAGCGUCAUCGUGGCCAGCAUCACUGCCCGCCGCAAGCCACUGCCACGGCCCAGCACCGAAACACCCAGCAGCCACCCCUCACUCCCAGCAGCUGAGAAACACCCGGAGGAGACACAGCCUGCCCAAGAGACCUCCAGAACGAAUGGUUGUUCCAAGCUGAAAGGCAGCCAGGAGCAGCACCCCAGGAACAAAUCACACAGCCCAUCCUGUGAUGAGGACUUUCCACCACCUCCUGCCAGGGGAAAGAAGAAGAAGAAGAAAUCUGCGCGGAAGAAGAGACGGAGGUCUCCGUCUUAUAGCCCCUCCCCUGUGAAGAAGAAGAAGAAGAAAAAGAAAAAGAAGAAUUCCAAGAAAAGGAAAAGAAGCAGGCUAUCUUCAAAGAAGAGAAGACGCAGUUCCUCGAGCCCAAAAAGCAGACGGAAGGAUGGGAAGAAGCACAAGAAAAAUCAGCCACGGAAAUCCCAGCGCCAUCACCACUGCCGCUCUGGCUCCAGUUCUCUCCCAGAAAGCGGUGAAAACAGGCCUAGAGCCAGGCCCCGGGAGAACGCCCACAAAGCCCGAUGGAAACGCUCCCGGCGCUCGCCAAAGAGUGCCAGAAAGCCGGGCAGUGCCCCCGAGGUGACGGCCACCCCUCCCCUUCGCCACGCCCCCCAGCACGGCAGCUUCCUCGCGGCCACAGGAGGCAUUUCAGAGUCUGGGUCUUCUGCUGACCUCUUUAAAAAAGCAGAGAGUCACUCCCGCAGGGUAGCCAAACAGAACGGAGAGCCGCAUGAAUACGACUCAGGAAAUGAUACUUCUUCCCCUCCGUCCACUCAGACGAGCUCAUCCAGGUCAAAGGGCAGCCAGGAAGCCAACGGCCAAGGCCAUGAGGGUGUGGGCCGCCAUGCCUUCUCCUCCGGGAAGACCAGCAGUGACAGCAGCUCGGACUCUGGAAACUCCUUCACCAGCUGCGUCUCCCACUCAAAGGGAGCAAGUCUGGCCAACACAACUCCCUCUCCAUGUCUUCGAGCCAAGGAGCACAGGCCUUGUUUCCGGCAUGAGUCCUCCACCAGCAGGUCAUCGCCAGAGUCAGGUCAUUCCCGUGACUCACACCCCAAGGCUGGGCCCAGGUCCUCGCAAAGCAGAUCCUGCUCCUCAGGGACGAGAUCCUAUUCACGGUCCUCUAGCUAUUCAUCCAAAUCAUGCAAGAGAAGUCCCGGAAGCAGAAGCUCCAGACCAUGGCGAAGCCCCAGCUACUCCCGAUACAGCCCUAACAGGGACCGUGAUCACAAGUAUGGCUCCAGUGGGAAGACGUCCCACAAGCACCAUGACGGUCGGCGCCGCAAACAAUCGUAUUCCCCCAUGAGGAAGCGCAGGAGAGACUCCCCCAGCCACCUGGAGGCACGGCGCAUAACAAGUGCCCGGAAGCGCCCCAUCCCCUACUACCGGCCCAGCCCUUCCUCCUCCUCCCGCAGCAGCCUCAGCAGCUCCUCCUCCUGGUCCAGCAGCUUCAGCCGCAGUCGCAGCAGCCGCAGAAGCAGCAGCCGCAGCAGCAAGAGCUGGAGCAGCAGCCGCAGCAGCCACAGCAGUGACGGCAGCCAGAGCCGCAGCUCCGGGGCGGCGAGGAACAGCCGGAGCUCCAAGUCCAGCUUUGACAGCCUGCGGCAUUAGCAGUCGGCCUGCAGCAGCCCCCGUGGGGUGGGCUUGCCCCCCUGGCCUCUCCCUGCUGCCCCCCACCUCCGGCAAUGGGAUACUGUACCUUUCUCCACGGCGGAGUCCAGGCGGCUGUUUCCAUCCCGACCAGAUGCAAACAAGGCCACCCCCAAGCCCGGAGCAGGGGAGGCAUCCACCUGGGGACAGCAAAAUGUCACUUCCCCCCAUGCAGCUAGUCCCUGGCAGUGCGGAUGCUGGGCCACCCGGGGAAGCAGGAUUGGCACACUUCAACCGCAGGGAUUGGAAAUGCUAAAGGAGCCCCAUCCAGUCCUUACCACCAGAGACAGCCGGGCCUGCCCCUGUUCCUGCCAAGACGGUGGGUGCGGCCCAGUCCCUCUCCUUUGCUCAGGAGGUCCUAUCGCUGGCUCAUGAAGCUCCCCAACCACGGAGGUGGAGUUUGGGGUCUCACCUGCUAUGGCACUCUUCCCUGCGCCUGGUUCAUCUGCAGCCAUCUUCUCCUCUUGAUCUUCCUUGGCCGGCCAACCAGGCCCAGAAUAUCCCUUUCUGACAAAUCCCAGAGUUGUGAUGGCAAAAUGGCGGGUGGCUUCCUAGGACCCCCAACAGCCUAGCUCUUCGUAGGUCCAUGAAAGCGUCAGAUGCCAGCCACUCCACACACCAGACGGAAACACAAUUCUCCCGCCCCCAAACCUUCACCCACUCAAGCAUCCCAGGGGCCUGAUUAUGGACCAGUUUGCGUUCUCCCAAAAGACUCGUAGUACCCAAGACUCAGGAAGCAAUGCUACUGUUCUGUUCGGUUGUGGUGAGAGGUUGUUCAGAACUCCUCGUUUGGUUUUGGGUGUCACGCCUCAAGGUGGAUGUUUCAGAGCAGGAGAGGAUUUCGAAGGAGAGCUAUCUGGCCUACAAAAUAGCUUCCCCUGAUAAGUUUCAAUGAAGUUGCAAUACAAAAAUGGGUAUCCUCACACUAGAGGUAGACUAGAGAAUCCAUGGGUCACUCUUCUGAGGUCUCAGGAGAAGGUUGCUGUGGGGGUCAGGUUUCUGGAUGCAACUAAAGAUGGCUGGAUGGCGGGGGAAACACAGACCUGCUCCAUGCGGGCCCGAUCCACCAAGAAGUGUCCUCCUGAGCAAGCCUCACUGCAGUGAACAGGAGCUUCACAAUUAUCUAUUUAUUUGUGUGUGUGUGUGUGUGUGUGCACGCACGCACGCACGCACACGUGGAUGAGUAUGUGUAAAAUAUAAUUUAUUCAUCACUUUUCUGCACGUGUCCUUAAAGCGACAUACAAUAAAAUUGGACAACUACAAUGCGAAGAGUGUACAAUUUAAAAAAUAACAGAGAAGUCGCAGCAAAGAUAACUAAAACGCUUGAACCCACCCCCCUAAGCAAUGAGACUGUGAAGCAGCAAAUUCAUCUAUCUAUGAACAUUUCUUGUUGGAAACUUAAGCAGGGAGAUGGCACAGAGAGAGGAGGAGCUGGGCCCUUUUGUGGGCUGUUGUGUUUACUCUGGGAACCCAGAUUCCCCCUGCAGAGAUAAUACAAUAGCAGCUUUAGGAGGCACAGCACAGGGGAAUGAGCCCCACACACACACACACACACACUCACACACCGCUGUCUAGGGAAGUAGCAAGGUUGGCAUGGGCCCUGGGACCAAAAGUGAAGAUGGGCCCCCUUCCCCUUCUUCUUCGGAGAGGUAGGCAGGGAAGAAGGGAGAGCAAGCUAACGCUCAGCUGGUGAGCCCCUCUCCUUUGGGGGCCCAGGGACAUUGGUCCCCCGCUGCCACUAUGCCCCUGCCCCAGGCCAAUCCAUGGCUGUUCUAAGCCAAAACUGAACCACGGUUACAGCUCUUAUGUCUCCUCCGUUUUGCCCCUUAGAUGACCAUCCACAAUGAGCUAAACAGCUUUGGUAUGAUUGCCAAGAGCACCUAGGCUCCCCAGAGUAGGAUCUAUGAGGGAUUUCAAAAAUCUGACCAAGUCACGAGGCACGUGAUUUGCGGGGAGGUGUAGCUUGGGGUUGCAGGAUGGGAAGGAGAAACGCAAGAGCCGUAGGUGGGAAGGAGCCGCCUGAGCCCCUGACACUUCGGCCGUGAGCAGGCCGUCAACAGAUGCUUUGCUCUCCUGGGGAAACCGUUUGCAUUCCCGUCGUAUUCCUUCGCUUCUGCUGCAGUGAACUGCUGGUGGGCUGGGCCAAGGCUUCAGGGCACCACUAGCAGCAUCAGCCCCUUGGCAUGGGCUUUGGAAGCAGGGGCGGCUCCCUCAGGAGGCACGGCAAGGCAGUCACCUCAGUAGGCAGAUGCUUGGGGCGCCAGCAAGGUGGCCAAAUGCCUUCCUGGCUCUCAAUUGAAGAGCCAAGCAAAAAAGGUGUGUGUGGGGGGGUGCUUGCAGGGGGGCAGCCUUGGUGCCUUGUCCCAGGCACAGAGGGGUUUUGAGCCCCCCCUGUUUGGAACACCUGCUACUGUCCAUGGGGCAAGAGCCUUGGGGGACUUUGGGGUAGAAGGAAGGGACUUCGUAGUGUAAAUGGGAGCAAAGAGCUUGAUUUUGUUUGCUUUAUUGCAUGCAGUGGGGGGGAAUCUCAAAACGAAAACUGCACAUUGCACACACAGCAGGCCACAUAAAGUGUGCGAACCAGGGAAAUGUGGCUCUGACGACCAUAGCUGGAUGGACCCACCACCACCUCCUCGUCCUCCUCCAAUAUUUAUAUACUGCUCAUCAACAAAAUUCUCAAAGCGGUUUACAUAGAAAAUUAAAUAACACAUCAAGAAGAUGGUCCCCUGUCCCCAAAGGGCUCACAAUCUAAAAAGAAAUGUAAGGCAGAUACCAGCAACAGCCCCUGGAGGGAUGCUGUGCUGGGGUUGGCUAGGGCCAGUUGCUCUCCCCCUGCUAAACAGAAGAGAAUCACCACUUUGAAAAAGUUGCCUCUUUGCUUAGUUAUCAGGAGCUUUCACAGCCCCGUGACUCCAUGGCAGCUCAAACUCUUUCCAUGUCCUCCAUCAGGGUGUGUGCAAUUGGUUGUUUCAUUGGUUGUUUAUGAAUUACUGUAAUUAUUAUUUAUUAUCCUUGGAAUUCUGCAUCAAGGUGGGUGUGAAUGCCUUUCUCUUGUUAUUGGUCCCUUACCUCCUUUUUGCAUGCUAUUUUGAGGUGUGGUUUUGUUUCUCUCUCGUUUAAUGGAGGGAUGGGCAGCAGAAGGCCUGCAGGUUAGAGCUCUCCACCCCUGUCUUAGUCUGAAGGCUGCUGGCCUCACCUAGGAAGCAGUGGCUCAGCAUCCUGAUGGGACCAGUGCCCCGCCCAGCACAAGAUGAAAGGCUGCCCCCAAGGGCUCUGGGGUAAUGCAAAGGCUUCUGGGAUGGUGUGUCCCUUUGUGAGGACCAACUGCUUGGUCAGAAGCAGCAGUGCUUAGUGUCUGGGGGCUCACCAGUGACACCGUCACGGAUGGUCCAGGUACCAAGCAAAUUAGCCAGGGAAGGAUACAGACCCCCUUUGCAGCUGAAGAAUCUGCCCGCCCCUGGUUUACUGUGUCCAUGUCACUGAACACACAAAUGCGGGUGGAGGACACUACUGAAUGGAAUCCACUUUGGCGACAAAGUAUGAAUGAGCAGGAUUGGGACAUUCCACAGCCUCCCUCAAUUUAUACAAUCAGCUGUUAUGGCUAAAGAUCAUGCAGAAUCUGGCCAGUGUGUGGACAAUCUCCUAAAUUACCCCAUUAUGCCCUUAUCAUGUUCUUGUUUUGCCUCGUUAGUGCUAAUUUCCCCAUUCCACGCCCUCCAGAAAUGAGCAAAGAUACUCACAGGAAGUGGCUGGCCCUGUCCCCCAAAUAGCGGCUGGGCUGCCUUCAUCCCAAGAAAAGUUCUGGUCUUUUAGCAGCUCAAUUUUAAACAUGUUUACUCAGAAGUAAGCUCCAGUGAGCUCAGUGGGGCUAGGCUUGUGGUUCCGAGCCUUUUCCCUUUAGAGUUCUCUCUCUCCCCCCUCCCACCUGCAAUUGUUAAAUAUCUGUCCUUCAUUUCAAGUUACACCGCUUCAUUUCUGCCUCCAGAAUAAUCGGUAUUAUUAUCAUCACUAUUAUUUAUUGUUAUUUAUUAUUUAUUUAUUUGUGAUAUGUGUUGUAUGUAUGUAUGUCAAGAGACAAAUAAGUUGUUGCUUAUUUAUUAUUUCUUUCUUUUAUUUAUUGGACAUUGCAUUCAAAUAUUAUAAUGGUUCUGCUACUGGGGUUUUUGCUGACUCCAUCCAAUUGGUGUGGCUGCCAUCUGCAGCAAAGGCAAGUAGAGGAUUAAAGCAUAUUGAGAUGUCCCUGGGAAGUGGGGAGGGAGGAAAGACUUCAACAGGAGCAAGGCAGGACCCAUACAAUGGGUGUCUGUGCUGGGAAGGGACUCUCUUUCAGCACUAUCCACAUCCUCAUUUUCAAGGUUCUCGGGAAGGAAGGUGCAUGGGGCAACCUUCUGGCCUUGGGAAAACACCACAGAAUACAUGGCGUGUUCUGUGUCAUAUCAAAUCAGACCCUUGGUCAGUGUUGCCUGUCCUGUUUGACCAGUGGCUCUGCAGGGUUUCAGAUGACAAGGGUCCUCCCAGCCACCCCUGAACAUGACAGGGAUUGGACGCAGGACCUUUUACAAGAUCCCUGAUUACAAGGCAAAGAGAGAAGCUUAUCAUCUGAACUCAGCAUGCUGGAAAAGACCCUUUGUGCCUGAAGUGGCCAUGUGGGUGUGAGGCAAGCAAUCAGGCCCAACUGCCAGCAAAUUCCCAGGUAUCCUGACACGAAGAGUAACGGCAUAUGAUUAUUUUGUCUUGCAAGAACCCCUGUGGCUGGCAACUGCUUAUGACAACCAACAUGCUUUAGAACAGGAGUUCCCAACUUGAGUACCCAGAUGUUGCUGGGCUACAUCUCUCAUCAUCCCCAGCCAUCGUGGUGGGGAUGAUGGGAGUUGUAGUCCAACAGCAUCUGGGGGUCCAAGGUAGAACCCCUGCGUAGAAGAAAAUCAGACAUGAAGAAGAGGCAGGGGAAGACGUGCCCCUUCCUUGUUUCUCCCAUCCUGCCCUGUGGCUUCCAAACUACUCAGAAAUACUGAACUGGGGGGGGGGGGUGUGGGAAU